ACUCUCAGAGCAGCAUUCAUUCAGCACUGCCUGAGUAAGAAGAUUACUUUUGCGCUGCUCGUCCAAAUACUCUAUAUCUCUUUAAACAUGAUAAGGAUGCUAAAGCGUCACCAGCUCGACAUGGGAAUGAUUUUAUUACUCUUAUGGCUCUGUUGUUUUAUUGAAGAACAAAAAGUGCAAGCUGGUAACUGCUGGCUACAGCAAGGGAAGAACGGGAGAUGUCAGGUUCUCUACAUGCCUGGGAUGAGUCGGGAGGAAUGUUGCCGAAGUGGGAGGCUCGGUACAUCUUGGACUGAGGAAGAUGUGCCAAACAGCACAUUAUUCAGGUGGAUGAUCUUCAAUGGCGGUGCUCCCAACUGCAUACCUUGUAAAGAGACGUGCGAUAACGUUGACUGCGGCCCUGGGAAGAGAUGUAAAAUGAACAGGAGGAGCAAGCCGCGCUGCGUCUGUGCCCCAGACUGCUCCAACAUCACCUGGAAGGGGCCGGUGUGCGGCUCGGAUGGAAAAACAUAUAGAGACGAAUGUGCCCUUUUAAAAUCAAAAUGCAAAGGGCAUCCUGACCUGGAGGUGCAGUAUCAAGGCAAAUGCAAAAAGACGUGCCGUGACGUCCUGUGUCCUGGCAGUUCAACUUGCGUGGUGGACCAGACCAACAACGCAUACUGCGUGACAUGCAACCGUAUCUGCCCAGAGGUUACGUCUCCCGAGCAGUACCUUUGUGGCAACGAUGGGAUUGUCUAUGCCAGCGCGUGCCAUUUAAGAAGAGCCACGUGUUUGCUUGGUAGAUCCAUCGGUGUGGCAUACGAAGGGAAAUGUGUCAAGGCCAAGUCAUGUGACGACAUCCACUGUAGCGCAGGAAAGAAGUGUCUGUGGGACGCCAAGAUGGGUCGCGGGCGCUGUGCGAUUUGCGCGGACUCGUGCCCUGAAAGUCGCUCGGAGGAGGCGGUGUGCGCCAGCGACAACACCACGUAUCCCAGCGAGUGUGCCAUGAAGCAGGCCGCUUGCUCUUUGGGGGUUCUCCUGGAGGUUAAGCAUUCUGGAUCUUGCAACUCCAUUACUGAAGACCAGGAGGAUGAUGACGACGAGGAAGACCAGGACUACAUGGCUUAUGUCCAUUUAUCACCAGUACUGGAUGGAUAAAGCGCCAUCAUCCGGUGGAACAGACCUAGGGCAAGGAAUCAUGUCCACACUGUACAUAUGUGUAUGCUUAUUUAUUUUUCAGAGGAAAAAAUAGAGGUAUACAUGUAGUUCAGUCUGCUCGAUGUUUAUUUAUACAUUGUUUUAUAAUUUAUACAUUUACAGUGUCUGGCUUACUGUCUUGUCAUGUUGAUUUGUUUUCCCUUUUCUUCUUCUUUUUUUAUUAUGACCGAGAAAUAUAUUUGUCCAAAGAGAAGCAGUGUUAUUUAUUGUGAGGUAAAACGCUACCAUGUAAAGUGUGAGUCAUCGGCAAGCUGUAAAUUGCAUUUUCCCGAGCUGUAUAAACGCUUAUCAAUGUCAAUUCUGUAUCACAGAUGUUUAUUUCACACAUACUUGCAUGUUAGCUUGUGUUUAUUUAUUGGGAAAAAUGGAAACACGUAGGAAAAAAUGUCACUCUUUAAUGUACAUGUAUAUUUCUGGUUUUGUUUACAGAUUAGUGUAACUGACCAAAGGGAUUUUAAAGUUUUGUGGUCCGACGCUGCAGGUUAACAUUAAAUGAGCCGUUUCUCAUAUAGGAAACCCCUGACAAUUUGCUACAGCGUUAUCAUUGAACAGCAGCUAAAGCUCAACCUUUUGUCGAAAGUCGCAGCGGUUGAUACUUUGAGAAAAGUGUGCCAUUAAGCUUUUUUGUGUUGUUUGCCAAUAUUCUGCUCAACAUUGUGCUCCAUAUUGCUCUUGCAGAGCUAACAAAAGGAAAAGAUAGAGAACUGAGUAUCAGUAUAUAUAACGUUCACUUUUUCACUGUUUUCACUUUGUCAAAAUGCAUUUUUAUUUUCAGACAUCUCAAGAUAAAAAUACAAUUCAGUUAUAAAUAUAUAGUUUUGUAUUUUUUAUGUAAAUGUCAUGUAUGUAUAUACAAAGUUUGAUGGUAUUUGUACAGAUAUUAAGACUGAACUCAAUAAAAAAAUAAUGCUGAUCAGUUGGUAACUUGUUUUGAUUUUAUCUGGCAGUAGUCAAAUACUAUGUACCAAUUCACAGAGACAUUUAUUACAAUAACAAAAUGUCUAGAUUACAAUUUAAUUCUGUGUAAACGUCAUCAAGGUGGAAUUACAUCAUAUACACUUUUACAUAUUAUAGUUAUUGAGGUUUGCUGUCAUUUCAACUUUAAAUAAUUAAACUAUAUCUUCAUAUAUAUACACACAUUAAAAAGACCCCCUGACUAAGUUAUAUGGUAAUAUAUUUUGUUAAAAACAAUUACAUGAAAAUGUUCUGGUAAGUACUGAACUGAAGUUAGUUCACCCAAAAAUGAAAAUUCUGUCAUGCAUUACUCAUUCUCUAGU